AUGGAAUCUGAGGGAAUCCUCAAUAGUGUGCCUGAAAACGUUCGUCUGCUGCCGCUCCUCCCAAGCGACGGAUUCAGGGAAGACGAGAACGCGAGAGAGGGAGAAUCCGACGUUUGCUUCGCUGCAAGAAACAAUCUCGCGAUUCGUGGAGCCGCGGCGGGAGACGCGGCUGUGGGCCCAGCAGAGGGCCGCGCACUGGCGGCGACUCGUGCACACCCGUCGAUCUCCCAUGUGAGAGCAGAAAACAGGAGCCAGGACGAGAACGCGGGGUAUGCACCGAGAGAGGAAGCUGCCGACUUUGCAUUUCAGUGUUUAAGGCCAUGGGAGGCAGACUGGAACGCCGCCCCAGACACAACGGGAGACGCCGGCGAUAGCAGGACAUGCACGAGGCUCGGCCAACCGCCGGGCAGAGGGCGGCCCGCUGACACUGGAAGAGCAGAGGGAAGAGACAGUCCUGAAUGUCCACCGAGAUUCGCUCCACAGACUGCCGCAGGAGUUGCUGGAACGGGAGAGGGGAUCAGAGAUUGUGGCUAUCAACCGGUUAUGUGCGUCCUGCAGCCGCUGCCCUCCGUGUUCGCGUCUGCUCUCAAUGCCAGCUGCCUCUCCGCCGCGUCUCUGCGCGACCUGUCGCUUCUCGCUCCUGCUGUCUCACCCCCCUCCCUGGGGUAUCCUUCCUAUCCUGCUCAGGUCUAUUUUCCCGGUGGGGGCCUUCCGUCUUCCUCUUCGCCAGUCUCGAACGGUCCUACACUUCCAGGCUGUCGGGCACCCUUCCCCCAACACCCUGGGGCGUCGCCUGCCGCUCUUCCCCCCGCGGCGGUCUAUCCGCCCGAACUUCCAGCGCUUUCUCCGCUCCCUGCCUUGUCACCGGGUGCACGUACACCUGGAGACGGGCGCUUGGAGGCCGGGAGGGAGAUGGUGGUGUGUCGCCGGGGCACGGUGCGACCGCGAGUGAGAAUUGACGAUACGCAGACUGUCGGGCCUCUUACCUCUCCAGAGGGCGGAAGUGACGGAGCGCGCAAUCGAGAGCGAAGACAUCUCGAGAGAGAUGAAAGAGACUCUCAAGAGACAGGCACUCUGGCGCCCUCCGCACAGGAGCCUCAACACGCCGGGACGGCUCCGCCUUCAGCCCGCAGACACCCCGCUACGUCUCGGGCUUCCUCGCCGGCCGUGUUUCAGCAAGACCUCUCUACUUUUCCGGCCUCUUCUCGAGGCCGGCCUUCUUUCUGUCGCCCAGCAACCGGCCGAGAAAAUCCCCGGACCCAGAUCGGCACUUUCCGCGUCCCCAUGGGCCUCGAGCACACUUCGCCGUCGUCGUCCGCUGACCCCCGGCUGGGUCUUUCUCCACUUGCGGGGGUGUUUCGGACCAGCGGGACGAGCGGCGUUUUUCAGGACGCCCGUGAACGGCGAGUGCAACUGCCGGAAAGCUCUGCAGGAAGACGCACGGAAAGACAGCUAUCAGGCGAAGCUCCGCUAGCUCGCCGACCGCGUCUCGAGGUGUCGGCGCCGGCGGGCGGCACAGCCCCGUGGGAGCUGGCGGGUUCGAGGUCUCAAAGAGACGCGUUUUUCUCCAGACACGACGGAAACAUCCACGACAGAGAUUUGGCCCUCCCGGCUACUGGAAAUCCUGCGGUAACCCGGAGGUCUCCGAGCCAAGAACCCGCGGAGGUGGGCACCGGCGCCUUCAGUUGGCGCACCGACCCCGGGUCUGCCGGAUCCGUAGAUCUCGCCGGGAGGGGCGAAGACCGAGAGCGAGGUGAGCAGGUGAGUGGCCAGCGAACGGCUGACUGUGGCGGCGAGUGUGCUGGAAACUCUGAACGCGACACUGCAAGGAGACAAGUCGCGCCGGCAGGUGUCGUGGCAGCUCCAUGGGCACCUGGGCCUGCGUUCCGCUACCCGCAGGAAGUCGGGCUUUCGACCGGGCCAGAGACGCUGCCGCCUUCGUCGAUAUCGCAGCCUCUUUGUGGACAGGAGAGGCUUACGCAGCCCCUUGCCGCGCUGCCUGGCGCCGCUCACGGCUCCGCGAAUUUCCCGCUUUCGCCAUCUUUUCGGCUGCAGGCGGAAGGCGGGGAAGGCCGUCGACCGCCCGAGGGCCUUUCUAGCCAGCCGACGCAUGCCGAAGAGUCGCGGCGGGGGCAAAUCGCGGCGAACGCCGACGCCUCGGCAACCCAGUUCAUCUCAGGCUGUUCGCCGGGACUGUCUCCCUAUGCUACAGGCCUGUCUGGGCGUUAUCUCCAGUCGGCGCCUUCACGUUGGCCGCCCUUCGUGGGUGACGGCGCGGCUGUGAAUCCCGAUGGGUGGCCGAGAGAGCCCGGCCGGCGUGUCUCGCAGCCAGUGCCUUCGGCGGGGAGAGACGGCGAUGCGCCGGAACUCGUGCACAGCGCUUUUUUGGGUCACGCUUCGCGGCGCGCCUCCUCUGCGGACUUGCCUGGCGCGAGGCGUCUCGCUGCUCCGGCUCCAGGAGACCGGAUGCGGCGCCCUGCCGGCUUUUUAAAUGAGGGUGCGCCCCUGGACGCCGAGAGCCAGGAGAUGUGGCGCGCAGAGAGACAGGCCCCGUGGGCCGCGGCGCCCGGGCACCUCCCGCCUCUUCCCGUUUCACCCGGGGACGCGGCGCGGGCGACCGCAGUUUCUCAGGAGGCAGGAGGCCCGAGAAGGCUGGCUAGCCAAGAGGGUGAAGGGGGGAGGCGAGCCGAAGGGCCCACUGCCCCGUGCACAUCGUCUCCUCACAGUCGUCGUCUCAGUGUCCCCGACGGCGGGCGUUUCGCCUCUCAGUUCGCGGCGACUCCACGGCGCGCACUGACCUCCUUUUCCCCGCACUCCCUGCCGGCCUACCUGCAGCGUUCGUCGCAUCCUCUAGAGACUUCAGUCGCGUUCCUCCCACCCUCAGCCUCCGCUGGACCCUUCUUCGACACCCGCCUCGCGAACGGUGGAGGGGCGCCGCAUGCAACGGAUGGGCCUUCUCUCCCAGCGGCGGAGUGUCUUUCAAGAGCUCCCGCCGGGUUUCCUGCUCGCUCGCAUCCCCUGCAGUCUUCAGCCACUUUGCCCCUCCAACCGUCCCUGUCUCCACCCGUCGCGCCGUGCGUCGUCGGCGGCUUCCCGCCGCCUUUGCCGAGCGCGCGCGAGGAUCUCCGGACCUGGCCGACCCAGGCUGGGGCCCGUGCGGGUUCUGGAGGCUCCGCGCUUCUCCAUUCGAGUGCGGAGUUCGCGCUCCCGGGUGUCUGUCCGAGUGAGCGUCGCUACUCGCAUCCGGCUGAAAGCGAGGACUGGCCAGGGCGUGGGGCGCUUGGGCGCGAAGAGAUGCCUCACGGCCCCUGUCCAGGGUGUCCCCCGUUUGCGUCGCUAGCCGUGUCCUAUGGCGCGGCGGGCGGCGUCUUCAACGCGAACGAGGACUCGUCACAGCGCGCAGAGGCUUUGGACGCCUUUCAAGAGAGGAGCAUGCACGGCGCCGACCUGGAGUCCUUUCCAGCUCCUGAAUUCCUUUCUUUCUCGCAUGCAGAUGUCCUGCCUUCUCGCUUCCCGCCCUUCACAAGGCCCGUUGCGAGUUCCUCGGGGGAAAGAUGCGGAUCGGAGACCUCGGUUCUGGCUCCACCUACCCUCACGCUCGGGCGCGCACAGGCCGCGGCAACCCUCUCCUUCGGCCGGCAGGAGUCGGGGCCGCCCGACAGUCGCUCCUUUGACAGCGGCGAUGUCUCCGCGUGCGCCGGCUCCGACGCGGCCCACGUGGGUGUGGGAGACCUUGGAGACAGAGCACGGCGGAGCGAGGGACAGGCCGGAGGCGACGAGCCGGUGAGAAGAGGCCGGGGAGAAGCAGACGAAGGUCAUCUCAGUGGUUCGCGGCGGAGCACCGCGAGUCUCAGCUCGAACGGGCUGCUGCGACCGCGUCUCGAAACGUUGGGGGCCCAGGCAGGGGACCGGUCUCCGACUCCCCGGCCGUUAUCCGGUUCAGGCGCCAACGAAGGGACCAGACGGGGACAGCACGGCGCUGUGGGGGCUCCCGCGUGGGGCGAAGGCGGCCCAGAGGGCCUGGGGCCUUCGGACCCGUCGGCACCCUUCCGGCGGGGCCUCAGAGGCUCGACGGCCGUAGGCUCGGGCCGCCUGGACUCGGAGGGAGAGCAGGACGUCUAUGAGUCGGACGAAAGCGGAGAGAUCGGCCUGGAUGACGAGGCUGGAGAGGACAGCGCGGAUGCGACUGGGGCGUCUGCGGCGGAGUCUGCGCCCGCCUGGUGUCUAAGAUGGAACGGCGAAGGCGCCCAAGAAGUUGUCGAGCUGUACGAGGUGGAGCGGAUCAUCGGCGUCCGGCGACUCGUCGAUGGGACCAAACGGUACAAGGUCAGGUGGAAAGACUACCUUCCCGCAGACGACACCUGGGAACCGCAGGAGCAUCUCGAAGGUCUAGAGGAGCUGCUGCAGGAGUCAGAAGAGGUCUUAGGCAGGGAGGAGUUCCAUCGGUGGGGACACCUGCGGCGCGACGCCUGCCGUGAGGGGACCAGGGGGACGGGUGCGGAGAGCCAGGGCGACAGGAGACGCGGGCGGAGAGACAGGAGGGGCCGAGACGGCCAAGGAGAAGAUCCAGAGGAAGCGCAAUACCAAGAGGAGGACGGAGAGCGAAAAGGGAUGCGAGAGGAAGGGAGAGCAGGCGGGGGGGCGCGCGACGCGCCAGCCGAUUUCUGUCCACUGGAGGACCACGCGAACCCCGGCGAAGCACGAGACAGCGUCGAAGAGGACCAUGAAUGGAGCGACAGGACAGAGGACGCGGAAGGCGGGAAAGACCGAGAAGUGGAAGCGAGCCAGCAGGACGAAUACGCCUUUGUCGCAGCCUCCCUGGCCGAGGCAGCUGAUGAUCCGUCUUGGCAAGGGUACCUCGACACGUCAGAGUCGUCGACGGAAGGUGUUCCCGACGUGAACAGACGCCAUUCGAGGACAACUUCGCAACGUCCUGCGAGGUGCUCCGGCACUCUACCCCGUCGGUGCGCGCCUGGCUCCUCCGGGUCCCCUGACGAGCCCGUGGACAACAACCGUUCUCAGUCCGUGGCGUCUCCGUCGCUCGCCCGGUCUGCCUCGCAGUCCGACGCCAUCUCUCCGCGAAGGCGCUCCCCGUCUCGACCGGAGCAAAGAGGCCGGUCGACGCGGUCGCCUGCUUCGUCGCUGUCUCCUAGCACGGCCUCUCUUUCGCUCUCUCCGCCGCGUGCGCCGGCGCCCUCGGAGUCCCGUCUGGAACUCCCUCCGCCCCGAGUCGUGCACCGAGUGGUCCAGUACCGCAGCUGUUACGGCCAAGGCGAGUUUCGCCUCUUGUGGCGUGGGAGCUGUGCAGACGCAGUCGAGUGGGCCCCAGAGUGGCUACUGCGCGAACUCCCGCCCGAGGCCUUGAGCUCCGAGGUGCGCAUGCAGAUGGUCCGGGUCAAGGAACGGUGGCGCGCGAGACAAGCCCUGAAUGGAAGGGCCAUGGUGUCCAGUUGGUGCGGAUCGGUGUGA